AUGGCGUUGGCUUGUACUUGGCAAUUUGUUCUUCCAUUGUUCCUGUUGCUUGGGACCUUGAGCCAGAGCUAUCCAAUAAGGCUGGAACUCCACCGACGUUUCACCAGCGAAAUUUUGGAAAUUCUGGAUGCAAUGGGGGGCGCCUUUCCAGUUCUUUGUCGAGAGCAGGGGAUGCAGAUCAAAAGCCUUGAUCUGAUGGAGAUUGCAAAAAAUGCAAAGGCUGAGGACAAAGUUAUGAUCUUCUAUCAAAUACUGCGCCAUACCAGCAAGAUCUACAGAACAAAUGUCUGUUCCACUAUGUGGGACAAGAAUGGAUUGGAUGAAUUUGCAAUGCUUUUGUUUCAGCAGCUAAAGGAACUCAGACAGGAUUUAGGAGAACGACAGUCAGGUUUAAAAAUUUUUGGGAGAAAAAGAAUUCGUACAUAUUUCCGAAAACUGAGAACAUUUCUACAAAAUAAGGGGUACAAUAGAUGUGCCUGGGAAAUGAUCCGCAAUGAAAGCAGGAAAAACUUGGAAGAAGCCAUAAGUCUACUGGUGUAA